AUGCCUUCACUCCCGGACAGAAUAUCGGUUGGAAUUACCUGUUGUAUAGUGACCGUGACCCUUUGGGCACUGUGUAUUUGGCAGCUUGUCCUUGGGUUUAAAACAGACACUACAGAAUCCAUGGUACCUCUGUGCUUCUGCCUCAAUGGUGGCAUCUGUUGGGAUGGAGCCUGCCUGUGCCCAGAGGAGUGGGUGGGAUCUCUUUGUGAGAUAGUUAAUUUCUGUGAAGCCAGUACUUGCACAGUGAACAUUUUUGAAAGUAUUAUAAAACCCCUCACUUUUGAACAGAUUGUAGUGGGUAAAUAUGGCAACUCCAAAGAAAAAUGCAAACCUGAUACUGUGAAUGGUAACACUUCAAUAGGAUGUGAUGUAGCAAUCCAGAUGUGCUCCAGAGAAGGGAGAACUCCUACUUUAGAGCCUCCCAAAAUUCUGAAUUGUAAUGAAAAUCUGGACUCCCUAGCCCUAACAGUUGAAACUGCGGACUCCAGCAAUGUUUUAGCUAUUGCAAGUAACACUCAAAUCCUCACCUCCAUGCCAGACCAACUGACCACACAGAACAUCUCUGCUGCUGCGAACAUCGCAGUGCAGAUUCUGAAAAAGCCAAACAUUUCAGAAGACUCUCAGGCAUCUGUGGCAGUAAUGGCUACAGUGAAUCAACUCUUGGAUGCCAACGAAACAGAAUUCAACCACAAUGAUCUUGUCAAUGUUACAACAAGCCUCAUGAAAACAAUGGAGGAAUUUUCUUUGACUGGCAACAUCUCGCAGCCCAACAUUGCAAUUCAGUCUGCUCCACUGAAAUUAAGCUCCUCUACGAUUCUGUUUUUGGCACAGAGAGAUACAGCACUGGGAUAUUAUCAGUCAACAAAACUAGAAAUAUAGGAAAAUGUCCCUGGGCUUACUGGUGACCUCAGUACUGAAGUUCAGAUACUGUUCAACAUUAUAAAUAACAACAACAAUCCUGUGGAAAAACAGUGUGAUCAUCACAACACAUCCGAACUGCAGCUGUGUGAUCUCGCCUGUGUCUUUUGGGACUAUACUGUCAAUGACUGGAGCACCGCCGGCUGUGCAAAAGGAAGAGACCAGUUCUUGAGAUGCGGGUGUAAUCACACUACUAAUUUUUCUGUCCUGAUGAAGUUUAAGAUCAUAUAUAUCACUCCUCAGGCCCUCGUCUUGCUAACCUAUUUAAAUGUUACUCUGCUUUCUGUUGCCUAUUUGAUAGUUUCUAUACUCUAUUGCCUUCUGAAAACUUGAACGUCAUCUGUAACAUGGAUGUGAGUGAGUCUCUGUUUCUCUAUGCCCAUUUUUAACAUUAUCUUCAUCUCUGGAAUUGAAAACCAAAAUGCCAGGAAUCACAGCAGCAGUAUCACCAGGUACUACCAGCAACACCUUCCUUAUGAUACCGCCGGUAACACCUUUCUCAUACCUGACAUGGUAGAUCCUCCCCCAGACCCCUCGUGUACAGUCGUGGCUGUCCUACUGCACUAUUUUUUGUUGGUGACAUUUAUGUGGACAGCACUCAAUUCUGCACAGUUGUACUUACUGCUGCUUAGAGCCAUGAAGCCCCUGCCUGGACACUUCCUCGUAACCACCUCAGUAAUUGGAUGGGGAAUCCCUGCUGUAGUAGCUGCAAUAACACUUGGAGCUACUUAAAGAGAAGGAAGAGCUUUAAACUACUGGCAGGAAGAAUUUUGCUGGCUUGCAGCAGUAGAUCAAAAUCAUCAUUUCAGCAUGCAAAAGCCCAUGUUGUGGUCAUUCCUUUUGCCAGUAGCAUUCAUACUCCUGUUCAACAUUAUCACCUUCAACAAGAUCACAGUCUCUGUGAUAUGGAAAAAGAACAAGAAUUUGACAAGGAAUAAAAAGGAUUAAUUUAUGAAAAAGAUGAUUGGCACUAUCUCUAUAGUUGUAGUCCUCGGAAUCACCUGGAUUAUAGGCUACCUCAUGUUAAUAAGUCAUGAAGAAACAAGUCUGGGUUUCAGCUAUCUGUUCUGCAUUUUGAAUGCUGGCCAGGGACUUCAGAUUUGUAUUCUGUACACUUUCAGAUCACCAAUCUUCAAGAAAAAAGUUUCUGAAGUGUUUCCUGUUUUGGGGGUGCCAGAGGUACCACUGUACCUGCAUUCAAAAACUUAGCAUGUUUCAAAAUCACAGCCUGAAAAACAUUCACAGGAAACGUUCAGAUCAACCCAGACUUUUUCAGAGAAUAUUUCCUUGUCUACCUUCCCUAACUGGAGUGAGAAACCUGUAAAUACAUAUUCAG